GUUAGAAUAAGAAGCAACAACGCCACCAAACUAAUGCUCUCCGGAGGAAGCUUCAUCCGCAAGAAGAUCUGGAGUGAAGCCCACAGGAUGACACAAUUACCCAACCAAAAGGACGAAUUUUAAAAAGCAUCAAAUAAAGCAAGUCGUGCCACCACGAUGUCACUCCAUCCAAGCAAUGAGACGUUAAACCUUUCCUACUGUUUUUCAAUAAACAGACCUCCUUUCAGUGUCAACCACACCAUCGCUUCGGCCUACUACUCAGGCGUGUUCUGUGUGCUGGGUCUCAGCUCUAAUCUGUUCGCCUUUAUUGUGCUGGUCAAGUCCUUCAAGGAAACACACAGCCGCUCUCGCUCAUCCUUUCUUAUAUUUCUGGGGGGUCUGGUGAUUACUGACUUCAUGGGUCUGCUGGUCACUGGAGCCAUUGUAGUCUCUUUCCACAUCACAGGCUUCAAAUGGAUGGAAAUAGAUCCUUACUGUCACUUCUGCAACUUUAUGGGCAUGUCUAUGGUGUUCUAUGGCCUGUGUCCUCUCCUUUUGGGUGCCACAAUGGCCGUGGAACGAUUUGUAGGCAUCACUUGUCCAUUUGCACGCUCCACCAACAAGUCAAAGAGCAGAGUGUAUACCAUGGUGGGAAGCGUGUGGGUGACGGCCGGGUGUAUCAGCCUGUUGCCUUCACUCGGUCUGGGCAGUUACCACCUCCAGAUGCCAGGUUCAUGGUGCUUCCUGAACAUCAGCUCUUUCCCCCUGGAUAUGGCCUUCUGCCUGGUGUUCUCACUGGUUGGGCUAAUAUCUCUGGCUGUGUCCUUCAUCCUAAACACAGUAAGCGUGGUCACCUUGCUGAGGGUCUGCUGUAGACAGUUCUCCGCUCAGCGUCGGAGAGACUAUGAGGUGGAGAUGAUGGUACAGCUCAUCCUUAUCAUGGUCAUUGCAUCCAUCUGCUGGUGUCCACUCCUGGUGUUUAUUACACAGACAGUCUUGUCUGCAUCAAAGCCAUUCAUCACAGAACUGUUGCGCUACAUUCGCUUUGCUACCUGGAACCAGAUCCUGGACCCCUGGGUCUACAUCCUCUUCCGACGUUCCGUGCUAAAGCGGGUCUUUACCGGCAUGGACUGGUCUCGUGGCUCCAGCCUUUACAGAUCUUCAGCCACCUCCAUGCACAGACUCACUCGUGCCUCCAUAGCACCCCCUGAGAGUCCCACCGUGCAAAUAGACGAACCACAGCGGAAAGAUAUUUUAUUGUCAAAGCACAGAAACUCUUCUCCUUCUUGAGCAAAACUCAGGUCUUUUGGUUUUUAAAGCUUUAGGAGUAAUUUCUGUUUGUGUGAAGUCUGAUGUAACAUGAGUUUUAAACAGUUCAUCCUUCUUUCAUGGCUACAUGUAUUAAUAUUUGGAUCACGUUUGUCAACGUUGCCCUUACCAAUAGAGACUUUUAAUAGUCUAGUUCAGGGGUCGGCAACCUUAAACACUCAAAGAGCCAUUUGGACCCAUUUCCCACAGAAAAAAAAGCUCAGGGAGCCACAAAACCCUUUUAACAUAUAAAAUGAAGAUAACACUGCAUAUAUAAUUUUUUACCUUUAUGGAAAGUAUAGAAAAAACUGUAGUGUGUUGCAUUUAUGAAAUCAAUGAACUGCUACCGAGUAAACAAAAUUUUUUUUUCUGCAGGCAAACAAAAAUAUUUUGAACAGUUUGAACUAACCUGAACAAAAAAGACGCUGAGUUGAAGGUUACUUUCAAAUAAAAUGUUCAAUGUCUAAUUGAGUCCUCUUUGUAUUCAUGACAUUUUUGGCAGCAAACCAAAAAUGCGUCUGUUUCUGUGUGUCGGAUUUCACAAAUCGGCAGUUAUGAUGCAUAUUUUGAGCGACAAAAGAAUUAAACAUGGUUUAUUUUAAUGUUACAAUAGCAUCAUAAUCUUAGAAUUUCAUUUUUUAAAAAACUAACUAAAAUAAAUUGAAAUUAAAUAUUUAUUUUCCGAAUCUACAGGGAGCCACAGCAGAGGGAUGAAAGGGAUGAGAGGCUAUAAAAUAAUUCUGUGUGAAAUCAAGGGUAAAAGCAACUAUAUAAAAUAGCUCGGUUUAAAAUGCCAAAAUGUUGGCAAAAUGGAUGUUGUAAUGUAUGUUCCUGAAAAACUUUUAUAAUAUUUAUCAUGGAACUUUUUCUAAUGCAACAGUCAAAUCUGAUAAACCAUAUGGAUAGACAUCUGUUACACGUUACAAGCAAAUCAAAAUCAAUCCAUCUGCCAGAAACUCCCAGAACCUGCUUGCUCCCCAGUCUCUGCCAGUCAACUUCACAGAGGCUCACAGGUUUACUAAUCACUCUCACUUGUAGCUCAUUAGUGUAUUUUCAUAUAUUCACUCAAUUCAAGCUGCUUCUGUGCCAAGUGUUGUUGUUUGUGUUUUUUGCCUGCUGUUCUGAGCCUUUUGUUCUGUUGGGUUUGUUUCAAUAUCUCUUUUAUUUUAUACCACGAGAUUGAAGAGUAGAUCUUAUAAAUGGAUUGGCCAGAAUGUGUUGAUUUAUAUUAUCUAACAAAUUCCUUUAUGAAAUAAAAUAUAUACUUUUUUAUUGCAUUUAUUGUAAUACAUUAUUGUUUCUAGUAACAGCUCAUUCCUGGAAAGGUAGUAUGGUGGAUAUGCAUUUAUUCUAAUGACAAAGUUUUGUUAUUUCAAAAAUAAAAACAUAUUGAUACAUAUUGUUUUUAUUUCCUAUUCACUGACGAAGUCUCCAGGCACAGAAUGAUUUGUGAGUGCUUUACUAACUUCACAAUAGAGAAACCAUAGAAGCUAGUUAGGGAGUGUAUUCAUUUCUCAUAUGCACUCUGACAGUUAAUGUAGAAAAACCUGAUUUGCUUUGAUGCAUUUCCAAAAUACUGUAGGUGUCUUAAGAGAUGAAACUGAUUAGGCAGUUAAGAAUCUGUAUACACUGUGAGUUCAAGUUAAAUAAUAUUGUUUGUGUGUGUGUUGUGGCAUGUAUAAACCUGUCCAUGAUAUCCUGUACUAGCUUUGAGAGAAACAUUCAGGAAUAAAGCCUAUAAAAUACA